AUGAGUUCUGUGAAUUCUUGUUCAGAUUUGCAUUCAACUAUUAAUGAACAAUCACUUCAUGAUCAAUCAUCUUCAAGUAUGACUAUUGAUCAUUCAAAUAGCAUUAAUUCUUGUUAUAGUUUUAAUUUUGAGCUCUACAAUACUGAAACUUUUAAGCUUGUUCCUUAUGAUAAGUUGAUACAUAAAAAGACUUUCAAAGGAUUGUUGUUUGAUUCGUUGGACAUUGGUCUUGACUUUUACAAGACUUAUGGUAAAGAAUCUGGUUUUGAUGUGAAUAUAUCAAGUAAAAAAAGAUACAAUGAUGGCACAAUUCGUAUUAGAUAUUCGACAUGUAGUAGAUAUGGUUUCACAGAGUCAUUCAAGAAUGAAAAUAUUAAUGUGAAAUUUUCAGAUGUUAACGGAAGGAGAACUUCUUCUAAGAAGAACAGAUGCCCUGCUGUUUCAAAGUUCAAGAAUCUCCGAUGUUCUUUAAUGUUCUACAUUUAUGUGUUUGUUGAAGAUCACAACCAUGAACUUGUUGCUCAAGAUCAGUUGCACUUAUUAAGGAUUAAUAGGACAAUGGAUUUUCUUGAUGAAUCCUUUAUACAUAAGAAAGAGUUAUACAAAUCUGUGUUUUAUUGUGUUCAAGAAUCUGUAGUUAUUGAAGAUGAAAGCGAAGUUUAUGUUUUGAGAGAUAAGAAGAAAAAAAAGUUGACUGAUAAAAAUGUGAAUGAGGAUGAAGAUUCUGAUGGUUUUUAUCGAAAUAGUCUUCCUUCUCAUUGUCCUAAUACUCGUUACAAGGUUGUAUUUAGUAGAAGGGGUGAUAGCAUUAGCAUCAGUUGUAGCUGCAUGCGUUUUGUCCAGGAAGGAUUGUUACAUUACUAG